AUGUCCAGGUCUCCCCUGCUGAGCAGCGGGACCCAUGUCUACACUUGGAAUGGUUCCGGGGAUGUUUCUGAGGCAGAGUCAGCAGGGCUUGGAGAUGCCUGGGUUGUGGCUGUUUACAUAAAGGAAUCCUGGUGCUCCACGGAAGAUGCACUAAGAACCUCUGAUCCUGCAAGAGAAGGGUUGAUGAAGGUUCAGUCGUUUGGGGAAAGGGUUGUGCUUUUCAUUCUAAACGCCGUUAUUUUUGGAAGAUUGGAGAGAAAUUUGGAUGAUGAUGACAUGUUUUUUCUACCUCACUCUGUGAAGGAACAAGCUAAAAUCCUGUGGAGACGUGGAGCGGCUGUUGGGUUUUACACAACCAAGAUGAAAGGCAGACUAUGUGGUGAUGGCACCGGUGCGUGCUACCUGCUGCCUGUCUUUGACACCAUGUUCAUCAGGAGGAAACACUGGCGCCGAGGCUUGGGAACAGCCAUGCUGCCGGACUUCUGUGAGACAUUCCCAGAGGACGAGGCCCUGGGGGUUAGCUGCCUGAUGUCUCCUGCCAUGUACCAAGCACACCCAGGAAAUUCCGAGGACGUGAGCCGUCAUGCGAGGACUUCUCAGAAUGACAGACCCAGACACCCUGCCCCUGGAGACGGCAGCAAGGAGAGGAUGUGUGGAGAAGAACUGGAAGACACAAAGAAUGAUCCAGAGUGUGGAGUGGAAGAGGAGGAUGCCGGGCUGGCAGGGCAGCCACCAGGCAAGCUUACAAGGCCCAGUCCCUGACGUCUCCAGACGCCCAUCUGGGCCAGGUCCAGAGGCCUGCCUGGGCUCCCAGGAUUCCGGUCUGAGACUUGUGUGGCUGGGAGCGUACCUUCCCUGGGGAUCUUUGAGGGGCCAGUGACCCCACGGGCCCCACCUACCUCUGAGGUGGGCUCAGGCUCUGGAGCACCUGAGAACGUGCUGCGCUGAGCAUGCGACACCGUGCCACAGCGAGGAAAUAUUUCCCUAAGUUAAUUGUUGACAGUUCCUAAACGUUUCAGAAGCUUACUCGUUAAAACUAACGUGGUUUCUGUUUCUCAGGAUAAAUUGGUGGGACUUUACCGGAACCACAGGGAUGUUUUACUGAAUGUACCUCUUUCCUUAUAGAAGUUUAAAGAUGCUCAGGAAGGGGCCACACCCAUUCCAUCUGGGCUGUAGAAACCCAUUGCAGAUUUGUGCAUGCCAGCCCUGCUGUUGCCGUGAGACCACGGACACCAAAGAGGUUUGCAGGGGUACACGUGUCCUUUCCAGACACCAAAGAGGUUUGCAGGGGUACACGUGUCCUUUCCCGGGAGGCUUCAGCCACAUCAGGAGUGCCUUGAGGGCAGGGGCAGUGGCUGGAUGGUGACUACUGUAGGCCUGGAGCUCUCUUCUGGCCUGGUAUACAGAAGGCACUCAGAGAGCUCAUAUGGGAAGCACUGGGUAGGAAUUUGGGCAGAUGGUGCUUCUAGAAUAUUGGUGGCCUUGAGUGGAAAGGCUUGUGGUAGUAAAAGUAACUAAAAAUGAUAGCCUGGCUCGAAUGUGACAUUGGCUUCCCCCUUCUCAAAUACUGAUGGAGCCCUGUUUGGUCGCUUGUGUAUGGCCGCUCUUGGGAUGCAGAGACAAGGACCUGCUCUUAGGCCCCAGGUCCAAUGGGCUAGGCAGAGUUGUCCCAGGGCCGCCUGCCCUCCUCAAGGGUGGGGCGCAAAUCCAGGCUGCUUUAGGGAGCCCAAAGCCUGCUCCCCGAGAGCUGGGGUGGUGCUUUCUCUGCUAUUGGGCCCAGCCUUGCUGAUUUCAGUAGGAUUUUUCCCAGAGAAAGCUGGUCAGGCCCUCUUGAGGCAGACGACCCAAGUUCUUGCCCCUGCUUUUGGGAAAAUGCAAAUCCAAUCCCAUUGCCAAGGACAUUCCAAACCCCUCUGUGCUCAUCACUGACUUUGGAGAAGCCAGGGGCCCUGCUGCCUCUGCUCCUUGCCAUUGGAGUUCAGCUGCAGGGUCAGCCCUGGGCUGCCUGGUUACUUUGUUGACAGAAGAAUAGGGUUUUACCUUUUUAGGAUGUAAUAAAGCCCCUCCUGUGGCCUGGUGAGGAGACUACCAACAGUCCCAAGUUCUGGGAAUAUAUCGUCUGUUCCCUUGAGCAGUCAAAGGACACACAUGGUGGGACCUGUUAUUUAUUCAUCCAUGCACCCAGCUGUCCAUCUCUCUGUCCAUCCAUCCGUCUAUCCAUCCAUCAUCCCUCCAUCCACCUAUCCACCCAUCUAUUCAAUCCAUUCAUCAUCCAUCCAUCCAUCCCUCCAUCUAUCCAUCCAUUCAUCCAUCUAUCCAUCCAUCAUCCAUCCAUCCUCCAUCCAUCAUCCAUCCAUCCAUCCUCCAUCCAUCAUCCAUCCAUUAUCCAUCCAUCCAUCCUCCAUCCAUCAUCCAUCCAUCCAUCCAUCCAUCCAUCCAUCCAUCCACCCAUCCUCCAUCCAUCCAUCCAUCCUCCAUCCAUCUUCCAUCCAUCCAUCCUCCAUCCAUCUAUCUAUCCAUCCAUCCAUCCAUCCAUCCACCCAUCCAUCAUCCAUCCAUCCAUCCUCCAUCUUCCAUCCAUCCAUCCAUCCAUCCAUCCAUCCAUCCAUCCUUCAUCCAGCCAUCCAUCUAUCCAUCCAUUUAUCAUCCAGCCAUCCACCCAUCCAUCAUCCAUCCGUCCAUCCUCCAUCCAUCCAUUCAUCCUCUAUCCAUCCAUCAUCCAUCCAUCCAUCCAUCCAUCCAUCAUCCAUCCAUCCAUCCAUCCAUGCAUCCAUCCAUCCAUCCACCCAUCCUCCAUCCAUCCAUCCAUCCUCCAGCCAUCCAUCCAUCCAUUCUGUUGUACAACAGAUAUUCAGCAUGCUUUCUCAAGGACAUGCUCUGUGCCGGGGACAGGGGAUAUAAGUGAGGUAUGGAUACUGGCCUCAGGAAACUCUCUUCUCUUUGGAGGAAUCUCUUCUGGAGUGUUCCACUGGAGUUUUCAUCUCUCUUGCACCCAUUACAAAGAUGGAAGGGUCCAAUUGACUAGAAAUAUAGUUUAGAGCUUCAUAUGGAGACAUCAUGAAGCCUGCCUCCCCCCUGCCCCUUACACUUGGGCUCUCUGUGCAGGUGGCACAGACCAUAAAAGGAGAGUGAAGUCUACAGCCUAGAGGGUGCCCUGUGUGUGGUGUCAGAUGUAACCUUUCACAUGGGAUGUAUGUACUGUGAGCAUUGUGCUAUUUGAGAUGAAUGGUUAGUAUUUUGUGUUUACAUGAAAAUAAAUGUUUAAAAAUGUCUCAGGGGUUUGAUGAAGUUACUAUUCAAUAAAAGAAACCUCUCAGGGAAGAACAGCUGAUGUAUUGAUGGCUUUGUUUAAGGGCAUAUGUACUGACCACACAAGUUAGAAGGCAAUGCCGUGGAACUGAGAGCAACCUCCUGCCCAGUCCAUGCCAGCUGUGAGGCCCUGUGCAGGGGUCCCUUCCAGCAGUGUGUGCAGGACUGCCCAUAAUGCACAUCUUUGUGUGUGUUGUGUUGUUUUUAUUAAAUCAAUUUUAUUUUUCGGU